CGGCCCCCUGCGGCCCGGCUGCCGUCCGUGAGGCCGAGUCUUCCCGGCUGCUGCCGCCGCGAGCCUCGCCCGGGCUCCUGUCGGAGCUCGCCUCUGGGGCCUCGCCAGGCCGGGACGCCGCGUCCGGCGCUAGCACAACGCUGCCGCCGCCGGCCUCCCAUCCCUGCCGGCACCUGCCCUGUGGCCACGUCGCUGGGCUCCCAUGGUCCCCGGGCUACUAUGCAAACGGCCUGCCCGGCUUCUGAGAGAGUCCCUGGCCGGCCUCCCCCCCUCCCGCCGCUCCGUUCCGUUCGCGCCAGCCUCUCCUGCGGGCCGUCUCGUGGCGUCCUGCUGGCUGCCCCUCCCUGCGGCAGCUCCCUUCCCCGGAGCGCAGCUGAAAACCUUGCUCGCCUUUGCCUGUGCUCUGCGCUCCCUCUGCUCCUGUGUCCUGCUGUGGGGGGCUCUGGGGUUUUUGGGGGGGGGGGCGGGGAUGGAGUUUCCAAAAGAGUGAUAUUGUCUAAUACUGGAUGAUCCUUUCUCCUUCUGUGUGAAGUGUCCUUUAUAGAGUUACUGGCUGAGACGAGAGAGAGUUCGAGCUGUAGCUUAAAUAUUGUUAACACAACCGUGUCGACUUGCCUGGCUUCUUUCCGAAUGAAGAAAAGGUGAUGAACGAACUUAUUACUAAGAUAAACAAAAUAUGUGCCUACAACUGCGCUAACCAAAGGGUGAGGUGUUUCCUCCAGGGUAUUCAGAUACCCUGGGGCUGGUCCAUAAACUCUAAUGCUGCAGGACCACAGUAUAUUAAGAGUCACCUACAUAUCUCCCCAUAGCAAGUCAACACUAAUAUUCACCACCAGCAUUAUUUGCUUUCUUGAUUUUGAGUCAACGUGGCUGCUUGAAUGUUGUUACUAAUUGUUGUUGUUUUUAAGGGGUGGGUGGGAGAAAACGGGUUAAAGUCCUAGCAACAGCAGCAUCUCCAAAUGUGUGUCUCAAGUUUUUCAUAAAAAGCUUCUAUCUCCUGUCUGCAAGCUGAAGAAUUUAAGCUGUGAGGGUUGCUUUGGCUGGUGAUGUGGAUAAAAAUUUUUAGAACUCAAGUGCAACCUGGCUGUUUAAAUGAUGCUGUCCAAGGAAUGCAAGAUUGAGCUUGUGUCAGCAAAGACUAAAUAUAUUCUUAUCUAACAACUAUGAAGUUUCUGCUGGUUUUUGACUUUGACUAUACGGUCAUAGAUGAAAACAGUGACACCUGGAUUGUGAAAUGUGCUCCUGAGGAAAAACUGCCUAACAAACUAAGAAACUCCUAUCAAAAAGGACAUUGGACAGAAUAUAUGAGCAGGGUCUUUAGAUAUUUGGGAGACAGUGGAGUAAAAGAAGAUGAAAUGAAAAGAACUAUGACAACAAUUCCUUUCACUACAGGAAUGAGAGAUCUUUUAGAUUUUAUUGGCAAGAACAAAGAUUUAUUUGAUUGCAUAAUAAUUUCAGAUUCUAAUACAGUAUUUAUUGACUGGAUUUUAAAAGCUGCUAACUUUCAUGAAGUGCUUGAUGAAGUGUUUACAAAUCCUGCAACUUUCAGUGGCGCUGGCUAUCUUACUGUGCAGAAUUUUCACACUCAUCAUUGUGCAAAGUGCCCUAAAAACCUCUGCAAAAGAAAAGUGUUAGAAGAAUUUGUAGAUAAAAAGUUACACCAAGGAGUAAAAUAUACAAAAAUUGUAUAUGUAGGUGAUGGUGGGAAUGAUCUCUGUCCAGUAACUUUUUUAAAGAAGGAUGAUAUUGCUAUGCCCAGACAAGGGUACACAUUACAGAAAAUGAUUUCUCAGAUGUCUGAGGAUCUUGAUCCUGUGCAGUCUUCUGUUCUAGUUUGGUCAUCAGGUAUUGAAAUUCUGUCUCAUUUGAAAUUACUUAUGAAGGAGUAACUCAAACUAUAGAGAUGGGUAAAAGUAAAUUGGUAAAGGUGUUUUAUCUUGUGUGGAGUGAAUAAUACUAACCAUAUCUGUCUCAAAGCACACAGUCACAAUUUUGGGAUGCUAUUAUCUGAAACUAAGGCAUUGAAAUACAGGCUAUAAAGUAUUGUGUUUACUCUUUACCGUAAUAGGAAAGUGAGCAUGUUGAAAUGGAUUAUUUAUUAUAUGGAAAAACACUUAGUAUGAGCUUUUUCCAUUCAUGUAAAUGGGGGGUGGCAGGGAGGGCACAGGGGGAAGGGAGCAGGGAGAAAGGCAGGAAAGAGGAUAAUUUAUUACAACUUUUUUUUUUUUUCAAAUCUUGACUUUACCAGUUUGUGCAAAUUACUUCUCGUCAGAUAUUUAGGGGGAGAGGCAGGGUUAGUGCACAGAACAAUGGCUUUUAAUGGAGGGUUCAUCUAUACGUAUAAGAUUUAUAUUAGGCACUAAAAGCAAGGUACUGCCACUGUUGGUUUUGUAUAUUUGUUAAAGCAGCAAAAAUAUUUUAAUAUGUAAAUUAAUGUUUAUGGUCUUGUAUAUUUGGUUUAAAGGGACAUAUUAGUAAAAUAUUUGGUAUUUAUUUUAAA